AUGGAUGACUUCAAGAGAAGGCAGCGGGAAUCCAACUACAAGUUCCAUGUUUUUCGCACAACAGGGAACGAUCCGGACUUAAAAUCGGCGGCCUGUCUACACUACCCGUAUCCAGACCCAUAUCCACAUCCAUGGAACAGAGCAUACGAGGGUAUCAAGCGCGGCAACCUGCGGUCGCGCUUUGCCCGUUACACGUCCCUCGAUAGGGAUACGAAAGAUCGCCGUAGGAUGCAGAAGCCAACUAUCGCCGCUGCUCGGCGGCGCUUGAGAACCCAACUCCUAUCCCGGCGACUCCAUUGGUCUAGAGACCUAGGUUGGGGAGGGUUUGGAUUGGCCUCCUUGUUUCACUACAAGAGCGACUGCCCUCCUCAUGAAAAAAAGUACCUUGUCGCCAAGUGCAACCUUGCGAGCAGAAGAAACGCGGACGAUAUGCUUAUGACCGAGAAACAUACGACUGAUCGAUUCAAACAUGCUAUGCACAUCGUUCAGCUUGCGGAGCCCCCGGCGGUGGUAGAAACGCGGCGGUCCAACCGCGUCCGAAAACGUCGGGGGCUCCCAGUGUUGGGCGAUGGCGGAUCGGGAUGGGCACCCAACGAGCUUGAUAUCGAGAACAUCAUGCUCCUCGAGUAUUUUCCGCGGGGGAGUUUAUACAAGGCCAUUUGCACAGCCGUUAGCAAAGACGUCGAGUUCCCCAACCGCGUGCUAUGGCAGAUGUUUCAUUGUCUUUUGGUGGGCGGGAACGAGCCUGGCUCAGGCCACCCCCUGGAGCAAUUCACCCAGGAAUGGGACUACGUUCCAUAUGACCGGACACCAUGGAUGAUGGAGGAGCUGCCCCGAGUAGCCGGGAACUACAGCUGGAAGACCAACCUCUUCCAAAUGGGUUUGGUCAUGCUCUCCCUCAUAACCAAGCACUCCCCCGCGAGGCCCCCCCUCCCCCAACGCAUCUACAUCCCGCCCUUCAACCCCUUCGAUCCGGACCAGCACGACGACGACGACCUACACCGCCCCGUCCCACCACCCAACACAGGCGACGCACCAAAUCCCCCCUCACCCACCUCCGCCCCCCACCUCUUCAACGACCCGGCCGCCUACCUCGAAGCGGACGGAGCCCGCCUCGACAACACCCUCUUCGGCCCAUGCGCGUAA